AUGACUGCAACUCCCAACGCAGCCUCUGAGUCGCCCGGCACCUUCUGUUUGGUCAGCGGCGUAAGGGUCUCGCCGAGGCGUGUCGUCCGCGCCGCUCGGCCCGUUGUACGCCCGUGCGCUCGCCCGCCCACCCGGCCCGCGGAGCUCCUGCCCGUGUCCCCCGGCUGGCCCGGGGGUCCGGGCACCGCCUCGAUGGCGGCUCUGCCUGACGCGCGGACUGGACCGCAGCCCGCAACCCGAACGGACGGCGUCAUGAGGCACCUGCCGUACUUCUGCCGCGGCCAGGUGGUGCGGUUCGGUCGCGGCCCCAAGCACCUGGGCAUUCCUACAGCUAACUUUCCUGAACAAGUAGUAGAUAAUCUUCCGGCUGAUGCAUCCACUGGCGUAUAUCAUGGUUGGGCCAGUGAUGGAAGUGUAGACGUCCAUAAGAUGGUGGUGAGCAUAGGAUGGAACCCAUACUACAAGAAUACAAAAAAGUCCAUGGAAGCUCAUAUCAUGCAUACUUUCAAAGAGGACUUCCAUGGGGAAAUUCUUGCUACCUCAGAUCAGAAAAGAACUGAUUCUUUAGAGUCACUUAUUUCAGCAAUUCAAGGUGAUACUGAGGAAGCUAAGAAACGACUAGAUUUACCAGAACAUUUGAAACUCAAAGAAGACAAUUUCUUCCAGGUUCCUAAAAGCAAAACAAUGAACGGCCACUGA